ACAUCACAACACCUUCUCAUUGCAAUCAAGACAACUGGACGCGAUUGCUGCAUUAAUCAACAUGAAUCCAGAACACGAAGACUCUGUCAUUACUAAGGACCUUCGCAGGCAGUUUCAUCGCGAUGGAUUCCUCAUUGUCAGGAACGCAUUGGAUCAUGAAGAAGUCGAGGUCUUUCGUCGAGAGGUCGAUUGCCUCGUGAACUUUCUAAUCUCAGAAAACAUCGAUAUUAUGAAGGACUAUGGCGGAGUCAUUGAGCCGAUCUCAUGUGGAUACAUCGACCCUCCUGUCUCGCAAAUGUAUAUUCUGUCCAAACGGCCCUACUCGGCUCUCAGGAACUUGGUAACAGAAGACCCUGAUACCGUGGUGCCCGUUCUGUUUGGAAAGAUGCCAGCGCUUGCAAAGCACUUGUUACCAACGGAUACGUCAGAAAAUCCGCUGUGCUUGUUCAACGAACAAUACAUCGUAAAGACACCAAAAUCAGCAUCGAUAUCAUCCUUUGCAUGGCAUCAGGACUCGCAGUACAUGGACUCUACAGCUCAAACAGCGUACCCGAUCGUGUCUUGCUGGACAGCCUUGGAUGAUGUGAACAUUUCAAACGGAACACUGCUGAUUGAGCCGUUCCCUAUACCAAUUGACCCCACGACUGGGGAACGCCUUGACCUGCCUAACUCGCUGGACGAUCUUGAUACACACCUUCAGCUCCACAGGGGGCUUGCGUCCCUUUACCAAGGAGAGUUGGACCGCGACAAGGCUCUUGUACAGGCGCAAGAAAAGGAUCCUUUCUCCAUGUUGAAACACAAGGCUGGAAGACCAAUUAAUGUCUCGGAUCCCGAGCAAUGGAUGAAGCGAUGCGAGAGGCAACGCCCUGUACUGGUUGACAUUUCUGCGGGCUCGAUCGUGUUUCUAUCAGGGUUUGUGAGGCAUUGUAGUUUGGGCAAUACAUCUUCAAAGUUUCGAAGGGCUUACAUGCCCCAGUUCUCGGCGGGGAAGGUCGUGACAGACGAUGGUGGGAUCGUCUCGUUAGCCGUGCCUUGUACGGACCACUUGCAUGACAGAGAUCAGGAUAUGGACGCGGUCUGAUAGAUAAGAUGAAACACACACCUAUUAUGUUGGCGACAAAAUGUGUGGUCUUUGCUACUUAUUCCUCUACCGUCUGGUAAUCCGCUCAGGAUAUAUACUUAAAAUAAAAAAACGGUGC